AUGCCUAUUGAUCACUAUUACAAUAGGUCAGAAACCAACUCAUCUUCUCCGCAGCUAUCGGAUCAAUCUCCUGAUCACAAUUCUGCACUUGAAAUUACAUAUAUUUCCAAUAACCAACUAUCGAGCUACAGUUCAUUUACAAUAUCAAUCCCUCCACUUAACAGUCAUGUUUAUGAUGACAAUGUCCAAGAUGACGAGGACGAUGAGGAUGAUGACGAACUUGGUCGGUUUGACUAUCCACUUGAUGCCGACGACAUUCGUCUAUUUCUAAAUUCAAGGUCAUACUCUUCAGUAGAAACAGUAGUCAAUGACCCUAGUGGUCAUCGAUCCAUUGAUGGGCUACAAGCCCAGCAGAGUAGAAUAAGACGACGGUAUGCAGUAUAUGGUCACCGUUCUAGCCAGUAUCCUGCUGAACAGAAUCAUCAGCCCCACUACACCACCACAGCUACAAUUGUAUCGUCGCCAAUCGCAUACGAUCCUCCAGAGAGCUUAUUGUCGCUUCAUACAAAUGAAGAAAGUGGCUUCAGUUACCAAGACGAUCAGUCGGGUGGUGGCUAUAAUAGAUACUAUAUGGACAAUGAUAUUGACGAUGUUCACUUUUCAAAUGGAUUGCCAUUCAUCACACUUGAGCAGUCUGGUGGUGACAAUACUCUGUCAGUAGCCGAUACACCUACUGACACAACCACUUCAGAUGCUCUUGGACUCGGCUGGUCCUACCAAGCCGUUCAAUAUCCUCACCAAUCAUCCAGAAGAGCAUCUCGUUUAAUUUCUGAUUCUUCAAACCAGGUUUUAUUUACAGCAUUAGACCCUACAUAUCGUGAAGGGCCAGUUCUGAGAGAACGACUGCUAUUCCUUUCUGAUUACUUUAUGAACAUGGAUAUCCUAUGUCAGCCAAACCUUUCAUCUGAUCAGUCAUUUGAACCAGAUUGUGAUUUACCUCGUAGCAUUGUUGAUAUACCUGCCACUGUGUUGGAUCGUCACGUCGACCAUCUCGGCACAUAUCAGAGUUCUGACAUCCAAUCACAAUCGGCAGUUACUUUAUUUCAAAGUCAAAAUAAUCAGCAAACCUUGCAUAACCACUCUUUCUCAGAUCCCGUUUUAAACACACCAGUAUCUCCUACGUCCGAUCAUUUGCCCUACUCUCCGUUUGUCAGCUCUCUCAAUACUCCCCUGUCCAGCUUCAUCGACUCGAUAGCAAAAUUUCCAUUGUCAACGGUUUUUUGUGCCUGUUUUGAAGCUCAGUUAGAAAAGCUGCAGGCAUUGUUACUCGAUAGCAAUGGCAAUCUGCUACCGUUUUCCCAGAUCAAGCAUAUUCGUCCAAACGAUAUUACCGAUUCAAUUGAUGACCUUGCUCAUCUAGAAUAUUCCAUUAAUCAACUUCGCAAUAUUCCCCAUUUUGGCAGGCUGGUAACCAUGCUGUUUCACAAAUGA